AAGGAAGGGAAUGAGACAUGCAAAAAAAUUUUCCUCACCGUGAACUACAGGUGAAUUCUGUGGAUUCUGUACUUUGGAACAACCACCAUUAGACAGAGAUCUUAAGAAGAUGGAGCUGGGAAAGGCAAAGCUGCUGAGAACUGGCCUCAAUGCUUUAUAUCAGGCCAUCCAUCCCAUGCAUGGAAUCGCUUGGACAGAUGGGAAACAAGUGAUACUGACUGCUUUAUACUACCAAAACGGAGAGCUGAAGUUUGGAGACUCAAGUGUUCUUGGUCAAUUUGACCACGUUCAUGGGCUUUACUGGGGCCCAUGUUGCUCUACAGACGUCCCAGCUCUGCUUGCCGUUCAGCACAAAAAGCACGUAAGCGUUUGGCAGCUGGGCUACAGCACUGCAGAGAGGAAAAAGCCCUUGAUUUCUCAGACCUGUGAAGUUGGAGAGCCAUUCCCACUGCUCUCUCAGGGCUGCGUCUGGCAUCCAAAGAAGGAGGUCUUGGCUGUGCUUACAAAACGGGAUGCUUCAGUCCUGCAUGCUGUUCGUACUGACAACACACGGGUUAAGGCAGAUAUCAAGAGCAGUGGGCUCAUCCACUGUGCUUGCUGGACAAAGGAUGGUAAUCGUUUAGUAGUUGCUAUAGGCAGUGCCCUGCACUCCUACAUAUGGGAUCAUGCUCAGAAAACUCUAAAUAUCUGCUCCUUUUGCCCAGUCUUUGAAGUGGGAGGUUAUAUUUGUGCUAUAGAAGCCACACUGGAUUUCCAAAUUGCUGUAGCUACUGAGCUUCCUUUAGAUAAUAUCUGUGGUUUCAAUGCAGGCAUUGCAUUUGAUGUGCCGUCUGGUACGGAAGCUGGUUCUUUAAUCUCACACCCUGCUCUGGUGCUCGGUGAUGAGGAAUACUCACUGGACACGAGAAGAAAGUCCAUAGAUUCAGAUAGAUCAGGUGGUGAUUCGGUUGCUUCUUCUUCGUCAGGUCCCAUGGAUUUAACCCAUAUCCUUGCCAACCACCGUCGGUCUGAUCCCAGUCCUCUCGUUACUCUGAAACGCAAAGACUCUGCAGCAACAAAUGGUCAGGAUUCUUCUCACUUGAUCUUGGUGACUUUUGAGAGGAAAGUAACCACCACCAGAAAAGUCACCAUCCCAGGUAUUCUGGUUCCUGAUAUAAUGGCUUUUGACCUUAGAGCUCAGAUUGUGGCCGUAGCCUCUAAUACUUCUAACAUUGUUCUGGUGUAUUCAGUAACCUCUUCCUGCAUGCCUCACAUUCAACAAAUCCAGCUGGAAAAAAAUGAAAGACCAAAAGGUCUAUGCUUUUUAACAGAUAAACUCUUACUGAUUCUGAUUGGUAAGCAGAAAUUCCCUGAUCCUAAUCUCAUUCCAUCUACAAGUUCAGACAGGUAUGUAAUACGUCUUAUGAUCAAAGAAUUGAUGCUGGAAGACAAUUCUUCAGCGAUGCCUGAGGUUAAGCAGAAUACGUUUCAUAACUUUGAAUCCUCUGUUAAUAUACCUGGAAAAAGAAAGUUCUUUGAAAGUCUUGCUACAGAAGACCAAGGUCAAAGCAGGGAACUGUUAAUACCAAGAAGCACAGUUAUUCAAUCACCAAGUGGUCGGAGAAGACUCAUCGAAGAAGUAAAGAGCCCUAGUUAUGAGCAGAGCUCUUCAUCAAGUGUGAGUGAUCUGGAUGAAAAAAGGCUCCCAGGUGACUCCUCAGUGGCCUUGGAAACUUUGGAUGCUGAACCUAUAAAUCGCUCAGUGUCUCUUCGUGGGUUUGGAUCACCUACCAGGAUUUCCAGCAGACCAACGUCCCCUAAAGUGCAGUUCAAUGUGAUCCAAGAAACACCAAGUUCUCCUAAAAACAACAAUUUGCCAAGUGAAAGAGGAGUGGGUCACAUAUCUAGAAAUUUAGAGAGACUUUGUGGCAGCUUCAAUGAGUUACAAGUGAGUCUUUCUGAAAUAACAGACUUUGCCAGAAACGGGAGGAGGAUAUCGUUGGCCUAUCCAUGCUCACAGGAACCACCCGUCGUUCAUAUCACUUACCAGGUAACAUUUUAUCAGCUUAAAAAUAUUGCGAUAGGACACUAAACUUUUAAACAAUCUUGCAUGUAUUUAGGUUUAAAUUGAGAGGAUGCACCUCAAGUCUUACCAACCCAUGAGAAAUGCACCCUAGGUUUGGCAUCAAGCUUAAUCUAAAGUGGAAUUACAGUUUGUCAUUGGAACAAUAACUCAGGAUGAUGUGGGUAGCUUAGAGGAUACUUCACAUGGGAGUUUUAUCUGUUUGUUCUUUG